AUGGCCAAGCUUAGCAACCUCUUUAUCAAUAUUCCAUUGCUUGAAGCAAUCCAAGAUAUCCUGGGAUACGCUAAACUUAUGAAGAAGUUGGUGUUGAAGAAAAAGCUCAUCGAAGGUGACACAAUUGAAGUCAACCAUGGAUGUAGUGCUAUCAUGAGUAGCAAAAUUGCAGAAAAGAAGGAAGACCCCAGGGCUUUUAUCAUCCCUUGCACAAUCCGAAUGCAUAUAUUCGUGAAAGCUCUAUGUGAUCUCGGUGCAGGUAUAAACCUCAUGCCUUUUGCCAUCUACAAAAAGAUUAGAUUGGAUACUCCGACUCCAACAUCUAUGAGAUUGUUAAUGGCGAAUCGGUCUAUCAAGAGACCAGUUGAAAUUUUGUUUGAUGUUCUAGUCAAGGUGGAAAAAUUUAUAUUUUCGAUGGACUUUGUGGUUUUGGAUUACGAAAUAGACCAAGAAGUUCCCAUCAUUCUUGGUCGACCUUUCUUGGCCACUGGAAGGGCCAUUGUUGACUUAGAGUUGGGUGAAAUGAGGUUUAGAGUUCAUGAUGACGAGGUCUCUUUUCGAGUAUGCAAAAUAAAAAAGCAACCAUGGAACUUCAAGUGA